UUUUGAAAAGGCUGGGCGUGGGUUUGGUUGUUCUCGGCGUCACAGUGUGUCAUUUACGCGCUAAUAUUUGUUUGUAUAGCGGAGUCAGUGAGUUUAUUUCCUUCCUAACAUGUAUAUACAUACAUAUACAUAUAUGUAUGUAUAUAUAAAUAAAAUAAAACCCGCUGCAGUAGUGUGUGUGUAAUGGAGAGAGCUGGAGCACCAGCGGUUCUGCUGGAGAAGAGUCUUACCUUACCUUACCUGAGACAAAGGAAAGAGUGUGUGUGUGUGUGUGUGCAGGAGAUGAGUCAGCUGUUGGACUGUGUGUCUUUGGCGUCCUACACUGAGUAUCCCACUGAGCGUCCGUUCAUCAACACACACCACAACACACACCACUCUGCAAAACCUGUUAAAGCCUUUCCUGAGAGCAGCAGUGCAGCGAUCCUCUCCGCUCUGCAGAACCUACAGGAGAAGAUGCACAGGUUGGAAUUGGAGCGAUUACGAGCAGAGCGGAACCUGAGGAAGCUCUCGGGGGAGAACCCUCGCACAAGGAACAUUCCAGAGAGAGAACCACACGAGAACAGGGACUCUCACAGACCCAGGAAACAGGAGUUGACCUCUCAGUUAGCAGCAGCUGAGGCUAAAUGCACUCUGUUAGAGAAGCAGCUGGACUUGAUGAAGAGGACGGUGCGGAGCACAGAGUCUGACCGAACAGCCGUCCUCAAACACCAGGAGCGUGUGCGCGGCUCGAGGGAUGUGUGUGAGAAGUUGGAGAAGUUGGAGCAGGAGUACAGGAGACUGACACACACUCAGAUCAACGCUGAGGCCAAAAUCCGAGAGCUGGAGUGUAAACUGCAGGAGGAGGAACAUCACAGGAAACUCAUACAGGAUAAAGCUGCUCAGUUACAGACAGGCCUCGAGGCCAAUCGUGUUCUGAUCGAGUCCGUGUCGACCCGCCCACAUCACUCCUCCAAGAGCACAAAGAAAAAACUCACACCCAAGAAACCUUUGCAGCAGAGAGAUUCUCACACACAGCCACACUACAGACUGAGUCUGGGGGACGUGCCGUUUGUGGCUGGAACGUCCACAGGGACGAGUCACUCUGUCCGUGCUAACGUGCAGCAUGUCCUCCACCUCCUGAAGCAACACAACCAUCACCUGUGUAACGAGCGUGUGCUGCGAGCCACGCCCCUGACCAAUGGGAAAGAGGCUUCAGAGUAUCGAUCAUGCCGUAGCUCCUCCCUCUCUUCCUCCUCCUCAUCCUGUAGUGAGGAGCUUUCAGAGCUGCUGCAGGCGCUACAGGACGAGUUCGCACACAUCAGCUUCGAGCACCAGGAGUUGGGGAAGCAGGUCCAGGCAUGUCGUUCUGACAGACUGAGGCAGGAUUUGGAACGAGAGAUAGAGAACCUGGUGAAGAAGAUGGAGGGAAAAGGAGAACAGAUCGCUAAAGUGCGACGACAUCAGGCUCAGGUGGAGAAGUUAAAGAAGCGGUCUCGUCAGCGUGAAGGUCAGCUGAAGGUCACGUCCAGACCAGGAGAGCGCAGUAAGGACAGUCUGCGUCUGCUCAAGGACAUGCGCACACUGCAGACCUCACUGCGCAUGGACCAACACUGCUGGGAGUACUGACACUCACACACACACUUCACACACACCUCACCAGGAAUCAGGAGGAGAAACAAGUUCAGGUCAGUGGUCCUGAUCCACACAGGGAAGGUCUAAUCAUCCGGAAAUCUGGGUUCACGCUCAGGAACUGUUUUGUAAAAUGGUUUUUGUCAUACACACUAGUACAGAGUGUACCACAAGAUAAACAUGAGAGGAGGAAGAAUUACAAACAGCAGCACAAAAUCUUUCAUUAUUAUUAAGCCUGUGAUGCUGGACUUGUGGAACACGCUGCAUUAUUAAACUGUAAAACUCCACAGAUUUUAAAGAAAUCAAUAAAGAUCGUAAUAUAAGAGAACUGCGUAAUCGUAACCGGGUCAAUCUCAGGUGCUGGUAAUAAACCAUGUCAUACCUGGACGUUAUAAGGGUCAGAACUUUUUUCUGUACCUCAGAAUUUUAGUGUUCUCUUAAAUAAAUGAAAAAAGUUAAUAAUUAGAGCAAUGCAGCACAUGUUCCCAGAUGUCCGGACGCAGAACAUCAUCAAAUAUUAAGCUGUUUAUUCAAGAAAGAAUUUUUUUUUUUUUUUUUUCAGUUUCUGGAUUUUCCACGCAGAGAAACCAUUUCUAUUAUAUUUUUAAUUAUUCAUAGGGAAAACACAGCGAAUUUCCACCACUGUAAUAAAAGAAAAAAUCAGACAUCUUUAAGAAGCAGGGUUGUAAUUUAAUGUGAAUAUUGGUUUAGCAGCUAAUAAACUUUUUAUGUGUAUAUAUAUAUAUAUAUAUAUAAAUUGUACUGAGUUAACCCGCGCUACUCUCCAGCAGUCAGAACGUUGUUUAAUCAUUACAGUGCAUCGUUUCUUUCUUUCUUUACCACAAAAAUUGUGCUUUUUUUCCCUGAGUCUUUAUGAAUUUAAGAUGUUUUUUUGUGGCACACAGGCCUUAAGCUGGAUUUCUCCUGGAACUCGUAUCAGCCGAGUAAAGACACUGUUAGUGUGUAACAGAGUCAAACUGUAUACGUGGUUUUUACAGAUAAAAUGAUUAACCUACUCCAGAUCAUACUGUAAGGGAGUUUUAAUGAGAGUAAAUCUGUACUGCGUGUGUGUGUUGAUGAAGAACAGAUUCAGGGUUCACCUGUAACCACGUUAAAAAUACAUCAUGUGUAAACCCGAGACGAGAAUGCAGGUUGGAUUGGAUGAUUAAAUCAAAGUAAUGUUCAGUAUUAUCCUUAUAGUGAAAGAGAAUUACGAUUAAAUCUCCACACAGAGUUUGAGCACAGAAAUGACCGUUACAUUCCCUACCCAGGGGUGCCAACAUUUACGGUCUUUGACCCUGCGAUACAGGAGACACGUGAAAACACGUGUGCUUCUGCAUCGGGACCGCACCGAAGGGAACUCUGACCUGUAAACCCACCUACUCCGGUCCGGUGAGCCAAUAGAAAUCAAGAAGGACUUUGAAGGCAAAGAAAUAAAACUUGAGUAAUUACUCAGGUACAUGUUUUACAGACCUUUGGCCUCGAUGUUACGCCAACGCUAUCCGUUAUGAUAAAAUGCUGAUUUUGUUAGAAGUUUAUCAAGUAAGCUUUAACACUUCAUAAAUAGAAACAUCGGUGCAGACUGUGAUUAAAUAUCAGUUCAAGCUAAAUACAUCUGAGAAUUUAUGCUGUUUAGCGUGGAGCCGUCCCGUGCUGAGGUACAACACCUAAUUCAUUUCCAUUUUGUUUCUCUCGGCCUACUCGGAUGUUGGUGUUAGCGGGUUAGCGGCUGGGUUAGCGGCUGUGGCACCCCUGUGUACAGGAUCAGUACAGACCCUGCUGUAAGAGUGAUGCGUUAACUUGGGGUAUCUGCUCUGUGUUUAGGACAGAUCUUCUGAUAUUGUUAUACUUCUGUUUUAAUGACUUUUUAAAUUAGAAGAUGGUGCAUUGUAAGAAAACAUCUGUAGGACCAACAUCUGAAAUACUUUUUACUGAAAAGUUGAGCAGGUUUGAAGUGAAGUUUGUUUGUCCUUCAAUCUUAAACUUAAUCUAAACAUUCCUCAAAAAAAAAAAAACCAUUCCUGAUGAAGUUGUAAGGAUGUUUGUGUGUUUGUUUUGUUUUUGUUUAUUUUAAACUUCCUGCUGUUUGAGGCUUGAGGCGUGUUUGUUUUUCAGAGUAUUUUAUGCCUUAAACAUUUUAAAUAAAAGUAUUUAUUUUUGGCUUAA